GGAAAAUCGCGAAAAUCCCGUGCUCGCGUGUGGUUCACUCUCCCUGCAUGCCUGUUCUUCCCGAAUUCCGGCGCAGAUUCGCGAGUAUUCUCGCAGGGCAACGCACAAUACAGGUGUGUGUCGGAAGCGCGAUACUGUAGGUGUCAUAAGUGGCGAGUAUCAAAACAAAACGAAAGUGACAGAAAGUGACGAUCGAGUGUGUGCCUUGAUGUGAUAAUAGCAAGCAAAAGGAGGAUGAAAUUUUGAAGUAUUUAUCGUCAUCUCGGGAGGGAAAGUUUUGCCGAGAAGAGCGAGAAAUUCACAAGUGAUGAUAUAAGAAAAGUUUAGGAAGAGCGAGAGAGAGAGAGAGCGGGAGUUUAGAAGUGUGUUGACGAAGGUGCGAAAGGUGUGCGGGGGUGCGAGAGAGCCAGAACAAAGCAAGCGCUCGUGAGCGCGUGAGAAAGUACGCGAGCAAGCAGGUUCUACGGAGUAAGCGUGUUGCCCCCAACCCCUUGGAUAUACAUCGCUAACGCUCCACGCAACGAAGAGUACAAAUGUGAAGAUUUUUACGAACGUCAAAUCGUGAUUGGUGUUAAAAGAGGAAAAACUGGGCCGAUUUGCGUGUGUUAAGAACCACCGGAAAUGUGUCCUACGGUGGCAAUGGGCCAAAUCAACCGGAAGUCACCAACAGCUGCAGGCUUGGUGAAGGGUUUCUAAACGACCAGGAAGAAUCGGUCAACCGAUCUAGUGUGUGUAUUCAAACAAGUUCUGACAAACGACGCGAGUGUGUGCGCCGAAGGCUCGAAGCCAUUCCCCAGAAGAGAAGCCUCAGAUAGAGAGACCUGGCCGGAGGAAGAAAGCCUAACAGAUCUAAAACAGUUAUAAACGAAUUCUUAUUUUCUGUGUCACUUCUUCGCCCGUGCGUUCGUUCGUUCGUUCGCAGAGUACGCUGGGUUGUUCUGCGCUGCGAUCUCCAGAUCUAGGAAUAUACACCGUAAGAUCGGCGAAGAAACAUUGUGGUGUUGAGGUUUGUGCAAGAUCUCCAGAGGAGUAAAAGGAAGAGAAAUUAGGACAGUGUCGUCGCGUGUAGUGAAGAACUGUGCGUGCGAACUUGUGUGUGCAUGUGUGAGUCCGGAAUGUCCCUGUCAAUGAAUUCGGGAGGCAAUACUAUGGUCAAUAGUAUUGGGAACAGUAUCGGCGGCGUCGUAGGUAUCGUGAGCAACGGAGGAGGAAUGAUCGUCACCCAGAACGGGGGCGGACCGAUUGGGAACGGAAACGGUAACAUCAUCAGCGGCAGCAACCACAACAACGGCAACGGCAACAACAUGGGCAACUCGACACCAGCCACUCCGACACAAAACUGCCAGUCGAUUAGAUAUUGCUGGGAAGCCGACAAAGUGAAAACCCUGAUCCGGCUACGGGCAGAACUGUCACCACUCUUCACCGGCAAGCGAAAUGCAUCCAAGUAUGCGUGGGCGGUCGUCGAACGAGAACUCAGUGUGCCUUUACCGAUUUCAAAAAUCAUCAAAAAGUGGAAUAACCUGCUGCAGGAGUACAAGCAAAUUUUGCACAAAGCGGAAACUAAGGCCAUCAAAAUGUCCGAGGAGCCAAAGCGGCGCGAGUGGCCGUUCUUCAACCUGAUGGACGUGUACUUUAGCGACCAGGUGAACGACCCGACGCUGCGCCUCUUCUCGUCCACCAAGCGGUUCGACUCGGACACGCUGGACGACGCCCAGUUUGACGACGAGAUCAUGAACUCGACGGCUGCGGCGGCCAUCGCUGCGGCCGCGGCUGCUUCGGCCGCCGCCGCGAACGCCCACAGUCAACACAAGAUCAAGUCGGAGCUGAUCCACGGCCACAGCGGCGGCAGCAUGCUGGACAUCUCGGACAUUAUCGAGGAUCACCUGGGCAGUGGGGACUCCAAGCUGGACCAGUUCAAGCGGGAGAUUGUGUUGAGCCAGUUUAGCAACGUGUCGGAGCGAAGUAACAGCAGCAGUCGGAAGAAGGCGGAGAGUAACAACAACAACCACAUUAACCGGGAUCAGAACGCGAACAUCAACGGAGGCAUCAAUGGGAACAGCUUCCGGGAGAAGGAAAAGCAGCUGAUCGAGAGCUUGAGUCAGAGUCCGGGGGCGGUGCACAUAACCAGCGCCAGCAGUAUCAACGGCAGCACGGAUAGUCCGAACAGCCUGCAGAGCAGUCCCGCCAGCCACGUCAGCAGUACAAACGGUGGCGUCCAAAAGCUAACGAACGGACCCUCGACGAACGCGAGCUUCAACGCGUUGCUGGCGGCGGCCAACAGUACCCACAGCGGAAGUACGCUGCACAGCAACAGCAGCGCGAUCAGCAGUACCGAUCGGGACACGGACUACGAUGACUACCCGAACGAUCGGGACAGCGGGAUGUACGACGGGACGGGAAGCGGAGGUGGUGGUGGGGGAGGUGGGAAUGGUGGCGGUGGAGGUAGCACAGCCGGUGCGAACGCGAACCUGAAGAACCUCAACCAGAAGCUGCUGCACCAGAUGAACGAGCACCACAACAUCGAUCAGUACUUGCUGUCCUGGCGCGGCUUCCACGGCAACAUGUGCAAGGGCUUCCACAGCCUGCAGCGGGACGGCCAGAUGGUGGACGUGACGAUCGCCGCCGGCGGCAAAAUCUUCAAAGCGCACAAGCUCGUCCUUUCCGUGUGCAGUCCGUACUUCCAGAAGAUCUUCCUGGAGCACCCCUCGCAGCAUCCGAUCCUGUUCAUGACCGACGUGAACGCGCACCACAUGGCCGGGCUGUUGGAUUUUAUGUACAGCGGGCAGGUUAACGUGAAAUAUGAGGAUUUGCCGAACUUUUUGAAGGUUGCGGAAGCGCUGCAGGUCAAGGGACUGCACGGCGAGAGUACGAAUGACAACGAGGAGCGUGACUACCAGCAGCAGCAACAGCAGCACGCAAUUCGUCUGCAGGAGCAGCAGCGUCUGUACCAGCAGCAACAGCAGCAGCAGGCUGCGGCCGUUGCCCAGCAACAUCAACAACAGCAGCAGCAGCACCAGCAACAGCAGCAACAGUUGGCCCAGCAGCGACAGCAGAUGAUUCAGGCAGCGCAGCAGCAGGCCGUGGCGCACGCUCAGCAGCAGCAAGCUGUCCAGCAGGCGCAGCAGGCUGCGGCAGCCGCAGCCGCCCAGCAACAGCAGCUGGUGGCAGCGGCCGCAGCCAAUCGCAACAGCUUCAAGGAGCUGAUGAAGGCGAAGCACGCAGCCGCCGCAGCCCUGCUCAGCGAAGACUACCUGAACAACAACAAUAGUGGCGGCGCGAACGCGAACCUCACGGGAAGCCCUAACAACGGAACCGGAAACCCCUCGAAGAAGAUGCUGGACAGCCAAAAGUACCAAAAGUACUACUCGAAGCGGAAGCUGGUCCAACAGUACGAGCAGGAAAUGCGCGCGGAAAAGCGAAAACUCGGCAUCGAAGACGUCAUCCAGGCGGCCGCCGCAGCCAAAGCACUCAACCUGCGGCUCAACAACGGCAUGGAAAGUCCCCGACAUCCCGGAACGCCCCUCCCGGACCCCCCCAUCAACGGAAACGGCCUCGACGAGCACCACAUCACGCAGCAGCAGCAGCAGCAGCAGCUCUCCCCUCCCCUGAUCGCCAACAUCAAAUCCGAACCCAACUACGACGAGGACGAGGGCAUGGAGGUGGACCACGACGGCCACAGUCCCUCCAGCAACAACAACAACAACAGCGCCCUAAACAAUAACAACAACAACCACGAGGACGACUACUACAGCCAGCGGGACUCGGUCAUCGGCGGCAAACAUUCCAUCCUGGAGCCAAAUAUAGUAUUAAAGCAGAGCGACGAGUGCCUCACCGCCGGAAGUGGUGGCACGCUGAACCUCUGCAAAAACGGCAGUUAGGGCCAGCAGGUCGGCGGCGGUGCCGCCAGCUGGCACCGCGUGUGGCGCGAGUGGGAGUAAAGUGCGUGGUUGCGUGCGUGCGAGAGUUUGACAGAAUGGUUGCGUGCUUAUUUAACUUAUUUAUUCGCUCGGUUGUUUACGAUUUUGUACAUAGUUUGACAUUUCACUUUUUUGUUGAUGUUUAUUCUUCUUUCCGCGAAAACUUAAAUUAUUGAUCAUUUUAGGGUUAGGACACAAUCGAUGUACAGAAAAAACGACAAGAUUCGCGUGCAGGUUCGACAAGGAUUUAGGACAUAUUUACGUUUUUGUUUUGUUUUGCGCAACACACUCACUGACGUUUAGUUUUGAAUCACCCCUCACCCUUCAUUCGUUGUUGAUUAUUCUGAUAAGUGUCUGCAUGCGAGAACAAUGGUGUGACCUCAAUGUUUUGUUUGUUAACACCCUCCCUCCCCCCCUCCCUCCAAUUUAGGUUAAGAUUGUGUUUCAUAGGUGUGUCUGUGUGUACGUGCGUAAAAGAGUGAGCUUAUAAAUAAAUAUUAAACCAUAAAAAAAACAAGAUGGCGCCGCUUUGACAGUGAAAAUGAUCUUCAAAACAAAAAAAAACGUAAAAGAAACGAUUUACUCUCACCUGAUUAUUUGUGAUUAAUGUUUUGACAGAUGCGGCGCGCGCGUGUGUGUAUGUGUGAUGCGAGAACAAUAGAAAGUAGAUAAACAAAAUGCGCAGCAAAAUAUCCAGAAAGUAUAUAUGCAAAAGCUCAGGUCAUUACUAAUUCUAGUGUUUAUUUUUGUUUUUUUUUGUUUUUGUUCGCUUUGCCGUUUGACAGAUGAUUUAUUAGCGAAAUUUUCACCCGACCCGCGCGCGGCAAUCGAUGUUCUGUAUCAAAGCGAGUGCGAGAUAGAGAUGUGUACUCUUGUUGUUAUUGAUUAUUUAAUAAAGCAAAAAAAUCUAUUUAGUUUAAUUUGUUCUGGAAACGGCGCGCGUUCUCAGUAUUUUUUCAAGUUUGAAACACUUUUUUUCCUGCCAGUAUGCGAAAGAGAGAAAAUAAAAUCGAACACAAACGAGAGAGAGUACCAACUGCCAACCAAUUUGAACGGAAUCAAGUGACAAACAGAGUGUGGCAUCUAUUGUGCAAUUAACCCGAGUUAAAUGUUGUUGUGACGCAAACUUAACCCCCCCCACAAACUCUGUAGACUAAUAUUACGCGUAAAAAAAAAGAGGUAAACAAAACCAGCAGAUCUAAGGAACCUGUGCGAUUCAGUGUUGCAAGCAAGCUAUGUCUAUCUUAGUAGGCUAAGCCCGAAACUAACCAUAGAAACCAAUCAGUUCUGCGAUGUUUUCACCCCUUUGUUUGUUUAUCAUAGUAUGUUUAUAUGUUACGUUAUUUUUCUUCUUGUUUUAGGAUAGAUUUCCUUCGAUUCCCCCCUCUUUUUCUUUUCGGGUAUUUUUAUUUAUUAACCUCUUCUUCUUCUUUUCUACUCGGUGGUGUCGUCUCGUUCGUCUCAGCGUUUUCACAAUCACACUCACACAGAUGAUUUUGUUUUCAUUUUUAAGAUAAGCGAUUUUGUUGUUUUCGUUAUAAAAAAAAUACUAAACUAUAAAGUUGCAACAGAAGAUUUACAUAUACAUAGAGAAAUGAAGUAAAAAAAAAGAUACUAAACUGAGUGUAAUUUAAACGUUGCUUAGUAUAAGUGAGAUAUAGAUAAUGAUACAAAUAAACACACACGCAUACAACAACAAAAAACUAUACUUAUAUGAGUGUUAGAUUUUUAUAGGAAUAUUGAUAUUUACAAGACAACAAAAGAAAAAAAAACACAAAAGUUAUGUGGAAAACAAUAACGGUUGCUCCAAAGUGCGAAAGAUAUAGAAAAACUUUACACAAACAUUACCUGAGUAAACGAAAACUUGAAAAAGAAUGAUGCAAGGACAACUGAACACAUAUACUAAGUAUACACACAGACACACUACAAGGCAAGACAAGACAGAUGGAAAAAGAUACAAUAAUUUUAGAGCAAACGGUUAAGAUUGGCAGCAUUGGCGCAAUCGAAAAUUAAAAAAAUAUAUGCUAACAAAUAUAUUUAUGUCCAUGUGUAAUAGAUAUGUGCAAAAAGUAAGCAAAAAAAGUACUAUAUUAUUGUGUAAACACAAAUCAAACAAACACAUCCACACAAGCAUACAGCUGGGGAAAGUAACUGGAUAAAACAAACAAACAAAAAAAAAUAAACAAACAAAAUAUAUUUCUAUAUUUGUACUGUGUAGCGUUCAGAACGCAAGUUGUUAAGCUCCACUGUGCGCGUGCGCGCGCUUCAGAUCGGAGUAGGCGACAAACGCCCCACCAACCUUCCCCCAGUGACAGUGACACGGCCGUCUCACGUUUUUGCGCAAAAGUAGUAGGCUAGGAAAUGCUGAAAUUCAAUAGAACAAAUUAACUCAAAACAAGCCAGAAGACAGAAACGAAAAUUUUGCAGCACAAACAAGUGGAAAGUAAAGGUUUAGAUACGAUUUUUCUAGUUUACAAUUAUUUAUGUUGGAGUUUGCAGAUUGAAAUUUUCACACACUCACACAACAACAACAAAACUGAAAGUUGCGAAACGGCGUGAAGAACGAAGAGCAGACAGCAGCAACUACAACAACAUAAAACAAUGUUUAGACGAGAUUUUUUUUUGUUAUAUUUUAUAAAUUGAAGAUUAUUAUAAAUAUAUAUUCUAUAUAAUAAUAAACAAAAGCUGAGUUUUUAUUGGU